AGAACUGUUUAAUUUGGUUUGAAGGACUAAUAAUUAGAUGUUAGUGUCGUCUUAUACAUCUACCGCGUAAUUAUUCCCCUGUAAUAAUUCGUGAUUUAUCAGUCCUUUUAUUUUUAUCGAGUGACCUUUGGUGCAUUGCUUUAUUCAGUUUUCCAAUGCCGGGAUACGUUGCCGACGAAUAAUGUGAUUUAAAAACGAUUAUUUUGAUGAACAUAGUCCAAGGCGACCCAUACAUCGACGGACAAUGAACCGUUUCCCUAACACCCUGUGAUCAUAAUCUUCCCUACCAUUCCAUUAUAAUGUAAUUAACACGCCAUCAUAACAUUCCACAUAAAAGGCAAACGAUAUAUUUAUAUAGAAACUUCUUAUGAUAGUUACAAUAGUAACUUUAAGUAAAUAAAUAUAUUUUCUAUAUUUUAUAGAAUUUUCCGAAAGUGCCACUGACAAAUAUAAAUACAUACGCUAUAAUUUAUAAUCCCUUCAUGUAUUAAAAACAGUGUUACAUGUUUGUAUUAUAAUAAAAAAAACUUAAGCUAUAUUCUAGUCCGAGUCUACGUAAAAUAAAAUAAAAAUCUUUACAGUAAUUAAUUAUAUCUAAUUACCACAACUUCUCCUAACACAAUAUUUACGUAAAAUAAAAUACCACCCCACGAUUUUACUCUUACCUAAUUACCACGACCUCUAAUCGCCAGCACUCGUAAUUCCUAGUCUACAACCUAAUCACCACGGUCCCUAAUCACCAGCACUUCGAACCGUGAUGUGCUGACCUUACGAUGAGUUCCUCCCCAGCCCUCGAGCCUUCCUCCCCCUCCACCACCACCCCCUCUUCGCCUGCGUUGCGGCCGCCAGAAUACCCCCCAUUCCAGACGUCUACGCCGAAUUACAUCGCCAAGAAGCCGACUAAUCCGUCGCUGAACGUAAUAUUACCAGCGCCACCCCUAACUCCACCCACAUACGGCGAGCCAACUCUAACCCCGCCCCCGCGCUCUCCCGGCGCCGCGGCCACCCCCGCGACCCCCGCGUCUGGAGACCGCCACAACCCACCAGACGGGACCUCGUCUGAUAAGUCGUCAGAAACAGCGGUAGGCGGUAUAUCGCGGACGCCGAGCACCGCGCUAUCCCGCAAAGAAAGUUAUAAAGCCCAGAGACAACACUAUAGAAGAGAGAAAAAACGUGCUGCAACUGCAUUAUUGCACUCUAUAGAGGACCCGUCGGUUGUAGUGCUUGCUGAUUGGCUGAAGGUCCGCGGCUCACUGAAAUCAUGGACGAAGCUGUGGUGCGUGCUCAAACCUGGUCUAUUGUUGCUUUACAAGAGUUCUAAGGCAAAGGUAACUAUUGCUAAGAGCAGCCACUGGGUGGGCACCGUCCUCCUGACCUCCUGCCAGGUGAUAGAGCGUCCGAGCAAGAAGGACGGGUUCUGCUUCAAGCUGUACCACCCCCUCGAGCAGAGCAUCUGGGCACCGCGCGGGCCCCACAACGAGACCAUAGGAGCGGUGGUGCAGCCCCUCCCGACGGCGCACCUCAUAUUCCGGGCCCCCUCGCAGGCGGCGGGGCACUGCUGGCUCGACGGGCUCGAGCUAGCCCUACGCUGCAGCAAUGCUAUGCUCAGGUGUUCCCGUUCUCGCCCGGAGCAGACCGUUCCCGACGCGCCGACUACAGACACUAAUAUAUCUCAUGAAGAGCUCGAGAAACAUUUCAACGAGCACGAGCUAGCGGGCGCGGCGUCCGACACUGACAGCGAGGCGUCGCGGACGAUGCCGGAACCGGAGCCGCGGCGCGGCGCGGCGCAGCGCAACGCGGUGGAGCGCAUCGAGUCGCUCUACGUGGAAGAUCCGGAUAGAGAGACGGGCGCGGCUGGCGAGCUGGUAGAAGAAGUGGCAGAAGAGAACAAGUCCCUCCUGUGGUUUCUGCUGAAGCAAGUGCGGCCAGGAAUGGACCUGAGCAAAGUCGUACUACCCACCUUCAUCUUGGAGCCGCGAUCUUUCCUCGACAAGUUGUCCGACAACUAUUACCACGCGGACAUAUUGGCAGAAGCACAACACGUCGAAGACCCGUACGCCCGUUUCAAGCUGGUCCUGCGCUGGUACCUAUCUGGGUUGUACCGCAAGCCGAAAGGGCUUAAAAAACCCUAUAACCCUGUGUUGGGGGAAACCUUCAGAUGCUGCUGGAAGCAUCCAGACAGCAGGACUAACACGUACUACGUAGCUGAACAGGUGUCUCACCACCCGCCUGUGUCAGCUUUCUACGUGUCUAACAGGAAAGAAGGUUUCGUCAUAGAGGGAAGCUUAUUAGCAAGAUCCAAAUUUUAUGGUAACUCGACGUCGGCCAUCUUGGAGGGCUGCGCGCGCGUGCGCCUGCUGCCGUGGGGGGAGAGCUACGUCACCACGGCGCCCUACGCGCACUGCAAGGGCAUCGUCAUAGGAACACUCAGUAUGGAGCUGGGGGGGAAGGUGCACGUCAUGUGUGAGAGCACCGGUUAUAGUGCAGACAUCGAAUUUAAAUUAAGGUCGUUCCUGGGCGGUUCGGAGCAGACGAACCUAAUAUCGGGCCGCAUCAAAAGGGGGAAGGACACCAUUGCGACGGUGGAGGGUUACUGGGACGGCAGGAUCGACAUCCGGGACAAGAGGACGGGGGAAGAAGCGACUCUUCUCGACGUGGCCGUCCUGAAGGAACAACGGCUGACCCGCUACCUUAUGAAGUUAGAAAACCAGCAGGACUUCGAGUCCCAGCGACUCUGGCUGCGAGUCUCCGAGGCCAUACACAACGAGGACCAGGUGGCAGCGACAGAACAGAAGACAAUAAUAGAGGAGGCGCAGCGUGCGCGAAGCCGCGCUACCAUCGCGCCGUGGGUUCCGCGCUUCUUCCACAAGGAGAGCCACGUGGUCUGUCCCGACGGGGUCCAGGACCAGGGCUGGCGGUACAACCACUCCAACACGAGCCCCUGGCAGCCGUCCGAAGUAUUCGAAUACGAAGAAGACUUCGUAAUCACCACAGCGAUGGGCAGCACGAGCUCGAUCCGCCCCGAGCGACUCGAGCGGCACGAGCGACUCGAGCGACGCGACCGAUCCGACUCGGACUCGCGACAGGAGAUCGCCACGAGAUCCAAGCAUGCACGAACACUAAAGCAGACCCUCAACUCUCUCGACACAACUCUCAGAGAGCAGAGCGUGACACUGGAGCGCCUCACUCGCGCCGUAGAGCAACUCGACCGGAGACCACAGUCCACCGCCAGACUGCCCAGCGCCGGCUACAGCUGGGACCUGUUCUCUGGGUUCGUGAUAGCCAUGGUGCUGCAGGCGGUACUUAGCUGGAUGUUUUAUAACAAAGACUGAAUUCUGCUUUGAAUUUUCUGUGGACACAGAUGGUAAUACCAAAUUGGUGUUGAUUCGUUUUGUUUGCGUUAGAAAAUGGGUAUAAAUAUUGACGUUUUAUUAUUUAAAAACGCUUUGAAAAAAAAAUUGUAUUACUUAUGAAACCAAAAUAAUGAAAAUGAUCAUAUAUUUAUCCAUACUAUCCAUACUAAUAUUAUAAAUGCGAAAGUCUGUCUGUUUGUCUGUCUGUCUGUGUGUUCCCUCUUCACGCUUAAACCGCUGAAUCGAUUUAGAUGAAAUUUGGCAUAGAGAUAGGUUGAGUCCC